GGUCCCGACCCUGGCCGUCUCGACCCUGUGGGCACCACGGGGACCCGGGCAGGGCGGGGCGGGGCGGGGCGGACUCCGUCUGCGCCGAAUCUAUCCGCUGCAUGACCCAAUAGGGGUCUUCCCGGAUGACGAUAUCUGCCAGCUACCCUCCAAUGGGAAACGAGAGUCACUUUCUGCCCGCUGAACUUGCUAAUCUGGCUCCGUGCCGUCACCAUGGUGCGUUCCUGUCCCCCCACUCUUUGCUUCCCUAUCGCUUGCAAGACAGAAGACGCCCCACUAGAACAGGAUGAGAACACUGAAAGGGGGAACUGGGGCGGCAAGUGGGACUACAUGCUGUCUCUGGCCGGCUACGCCAUCGGCAUCGGCAACGUUUGGCGGUUUCCCUACCUCUGCUACCGCAACGGAGGUGGGGCGUUCCUGAUACCGUACUUCACCAUGCUGUUCCUGUGCGGCAUACCGCUGUUCCUCAUGGAAACCUGCAUCGGACAGUUCUCCAGCUCCGGUUGCCUCACUGUCUUUAAGAUCAGCCGGAUAUUCAAAGGUGCCGGGUUCGCCUCCUGUCUGGUCACCUUCGUCGUCUCUGGCUACUACAACGUCAUCAUCACCUACCCUGUCUACUACAUGUUUCUCUCGUUCACCCCCAACCUGCCGUGGAUGGACUGCAACAACACGUGGAACACGCCGCUCUGUGAGAAUCUGCGCGGAGGCGACACCAACCGGUCGGCUGUGUCCAACCUCACCAGCGACACCAUUCGACGCACGCCCACAGACGAGUUUUUCCACAACUACAUGCUGCAGAUCACGGACUCGGUGGAGGACCAGGGAACGGUGGUGUGGCAGUUGGCGCUCUGCUCCUGCCUUUGCUGGCUCGUCGUCUACUUUUGUAUAUUCAGAGGAGUCAAGCUCGUCGGAAAGGUUGUGUACUUCACCGCCACAUUCCCGUUCAUCAUGCUGUUCGUACUGUUUGUUCGCGGCGUCACCCUUCCUGGAGCAGCCGAUGGUAUCAAGUUCUAUCUGACCCCAGACUUCAAUCGCCUCACCGAGUUCAAAGUGUGGGCUGAUGCCGCUGUCCAGAUUUUCUACUCACUGGGACCUGGCUGGGGAGGACUGAUCAUGAUGUCGUCCUUCAACCGCUUCAGGAACAAUGUCAAAUUUGACGCCAUCGUCGUGCCGACGCUGAACUGCUUCACCAGCUUCUUCGCCGGGUUCGUGGUGUUCUCAGUGCUGGGCUUCAUGUCGCACCAGACGGGCGUCCCGAUCGAAAAGGUGGCCACCGGAGGCCCCAGCCUGGCGUUCGUCACCUACCCUGAGGCACUGGCGAUGCUGCCAGCCGCCCCCUUCUGGGCCGUCCUCUUCUUCUUCAUGCUCUUCCUGCUGGGCAUCGACAGCGAGUUCGUGCAAAUCGAGACGGUCGUGUCGUCGCUGCUGGACGAGUUUCCGCAGCACCGGCACCGCAAGCCUCUCAUCACUCUCGUCCUCUGCAUGCUGAUGAGCCUCAUCUCUCUAGCCUGCGUCACGCAGGGCGGCAUGUACGUGCUGCAGAUACUCGACUGGUACUGCGCCUCCAUGUCCGUCAUCCUCGUCUGCAUCUGCGAGUGUAUCGCCUUCGCCUGGAUCUACGGCCCUGGGAAGUUUGUCCGUGACGUGGAGUUCAUGGCGCAGAGACCUAUCGGAACCUGGUGGAGACUUUGCUGGAACUUUAUUACGCCCAUCGUCCUGAUCCUGAUCUUCAUCACAACGCUGGUGUUCAACACGCCGGUGAACUACCGCGACGUGGAGUUCCCGGCCUGGGCGCAGGGCGUGGGCUGGCUGUCGGCGCUAGCAUCGCUGCUCAUGAUGCCCGGGUACGCCGUCUACCUGCUGGCCGUGACGCCGGGCACGCUGGCCGAGCGGCUGAAGAUCUGCAGCCAGCCCACCGACGACUGGGGACCGGCGCUCGACGCUCACCGCACGGAGUGGGAGGAGUACAAGGCCAAGCACCCGCCGCACCUGCUACCGCCCGGGCCGCUCUGCGACAACCGGCUGGUGAACCGGCUGCGGCGGCGCACCAACCGCGCGGAGUACAACAUGGCCGCCCAGCAGCCACCAGCCUCCAACAACAUCUAGCGGGAGGGCCGCCGCCGUCGGUACGGCCAGGCCGAGCGCCGUUCAUCGUCGACGGCCCACGGAGGUGCGUCGCGAUGGACGUCGUAGCGAGCGAGGAGUCGUAAAGCGGACGUCGUAGCGAUGGACGUCGUAGCGAGGGGCCUUCAGAACGCCGAUUGUCGCGAUCCCGGUCUGCGGCCGUCCCAGGGUCUGCUGGGGCGACGUGCCACUUCAUCACAGGCGACCAAAGCGUCUUUUCAAAAAAACCGUCGCAGUGUAGCAUGUCCUGAACCCCUGUGUCAUUGAUCACCUGGAGACGUAGAAAGAGUUAUGUCGAAAUCACCCCUCACGAACAGGCCCUUUGCGGCGCUCUCCGGGAGUCGUUACAAGCUUGCCGUCCGACGAGAGCGAAUGAGCUGUGCCGAAACAUAUACAGAUAGCUCGUUAUUUAUAUCAUGAGAUGUACGUGAGCAAUAUCCUUACCACGAGCAUUUGCAAACGUUUUCUAUUUGCUAGUUAGAGCCCACUACGCACAGCAAAUUCAGUGUUAUUCGAUGUGUGUGCGGUUAUGGUGUUUGCAGUCAUUAUUAUUAGACCUGCUCAAAACGACAGCCUAUGUAUUAACAAAACAAAAAUAACAAGUCACGGAAUGUUUAAUAAUAAUGCACUCGAGCAUGUAUUCGGACCAAUGCAGAGCAUGAUCUAUCUAGCUGAACGCGCGUUCGAGUGUGACCUGUUCUAUAGGUAUGAAAUGAGUGCAUGCCAAAGUACUGUGUGUGUUUUUGACCGGCAUCAGCAAUAUAUUCUGACUGGAA